UAACUCGAUCAGAUCCUAUUACCAUCUGAAAAAAAGAGCAUGAGGAGAUCAAUCCCGAUAACCUGGCUCGUAACAGCUGUGGCCGUCCCAGCGGCCACUGCUAGUUCCAGUUCCAGCCAGCGUCAAGUUUAUGACUAUGUGGUGGUAGGAGGCGGCACAGCCGGCUCAGCCCUUGCGACUAGGCUAAGCCAGGGCCUGCCAGACAAAAGCAUCUUGUUGAUCGAGGCCGGCCCUGAGGCCUUGGAUGAGGAUCGCAUUAAUAUUCCUGGCAUGAAGGGGUCGACACUUGGCACCGUUUACGAUUGGAACUUCACUACUGUGCCACAAACCACACUCAAUGGUCGAGUCCUCGGAGCCAAUAGAGGCAAGGUGCUUGGUGGAAGCUCGGCAUUGAACCUAAUGACGUGGGAUCGAUCUGCAUCUGAGGAAUAUGACGGCUGGGAGCAACUCGGCAAUCCGUCUUGGAACUGGAAGAAUAUGAUUACUGCGAUGGAGAUGGUGGAGACCUUUACAGGUAUCAAUUCGUCCAACUAUGGCGACCAAGGCGUUGGUACUAGUGGACCUAUCCACACUGUGAUAAAUAGGGUUAUACCCGCGCAGCAGAAUCUAUGGUUGCAAUCGAUGGCCGGUUUGGGAAUCCCACACAACCUCAAUUCCUUGGGUGGGAAUCCUAUCGGAUAUAUGAACCAGCCUAGCAACGUCGACUCGAGAACAUGGGCGAGAUCUUACGCUGCUAACUCCUAUAUCCCAACAUCGGGGAAGAACCUACAUUUGCUGCUAGAGACGCGCGUAGCCAAGGUGAAUUUACUCAAGCGCAAGAACUCGCAUACUGCAACUGGUGUUACACUGCAGGAUGGCACCAUUAUCCAGGCUAGGAGGGAGGUUAUUCUAUCUUGUGGCACUAUUCAAAGUCCUGGCCUACUAGAACUGUCUGGCAUAGGUAGCAAGGCAGUGCUAUCAAAGGCUGGUAUAGACCAGAUCAUUAACCUCGAUGGUGUCGGGGAGAAUCUGCAGGACCACGUUCGAUACCAAGCAUCAUACCAAUUGAAGGACAAUUUUACUUCAUUUGACAUACUCAAAUACAAUGCCACGUAUGCAGCCGCUCAGCUUGCAUUAUGGCGUGCAAAUCAGACUUCUUUGUAUGAUUAUACAGGGAGUGGAUACAGUUAUCUAAAUUGGCAUCAGGUGGUAGGUAACCUGGCUACCAAACUCAACUCUCUCGCCCAGAGUGUGGUGCUUUCUCUCGGCUCGAUUGUCGAUAAGAAGAAGCUACAGUAUAUUGGGUCGCUCCUGUCGCCGCAGGUGGAGGUAAUCUUCUCAGAUGGUUACACUGGUGUAAAAGGCUACCCUGCUAUUGGCUCAUCCCUCUAUGGAAAGGGCUUCUUCACACUUAUCGGUGUCGUUAUGCAUCCCCUCAGCCGUGGCACCAUUCAUAUCAUUUCUGCUGACAUCGAUACCAAACCACAAAUUGACCCACAAUAUUUGUCCAACGAGUACGAUGUACGAGCCGCUAUCGAGGCUGCAAAGUACUGCCGCAAGAUUGCAAACUCGGCGCCGCUCUCUUCAGCAUGGGUGAAUGAGUAUGAACCGGGCACAUCUGUACAGACGGACGAGGACUGGCGUCAGUAUGUUCUCAACACCACGCUGUCCAUAUAUCAUCCAGUUGGAACGUGUGCUAUGCUUCCUCAGAAGGACGGUGGAGUAGUAAGCCCGGAACUCAUAGUGUACGGCACUACUAAUCUACGUGUUGUGGACGCAAGCAUUAUUCCCGUUCUUCCAUCUGCCCAUAUUCAAACAGCCGUAUAUGGCAUCGCCGAGCGUGCGGCUCACAUGAUUAUUCAGAAAACAUAGCUAUAAUGAUUUAUUGUCAGUGCGUGCUACAUCAUCUUGAGAUACGUUUCGAACUCUUCUUGAACUUUUGGCUAGUGAGUCUUCGACGAGAUGAGCGCUUGACCUGACAUAAUUUGACCUCUAUUUGGGAAGUAGGACUGGGAGGGAAGAUUGUGUCAUAAAAAUCUCCAUGAAUAAGGCACUUUCCAUUAUGGCUGGUUCUGCAAUAUUAAUGCAAGUUAAUUGAAUUGGGGUUGAGUGACAUUGCCGCCCAGUGAGUUAUAGGUUGUACACACUAUCAUAAAUAGCUACCAAUAGAUCCAAUUAGC